AUGAUGAAGAAGAAGUCUAGCUUAGGUCGCCAAAAAAUUCCCAUUGAGAAAAUACCCAAAAAGAGUCACCUACAAGUAACAUUCUCUAAGCGUCGUUCAGGAUUAUUCAAGAAAGCUAGCGAACUAUGCACCCUUUGUGGUGUAGAGAUCGCGAUUGUGGUUUUCUCUCCGGCCGAUAAAGCAUUCUCUUUCGGUCAUCCAGAAGUUGAGUCCAUCAUGGAUCGUUACGUGACUCGAAACCCUCCCCAAGAUCCGUCUGGGGCUUACCAACUUGUUGAGGCUCAUCGAAAUGCUAAUGUACGUGACCACAACAUGCACUUGACUCAGCUUCUUAACCAUUUGGAGAUUGAAAAGAAGCGAGGGGAUGAAAUGGAUCAUGUGAGGAGGGCUAGGCUGAGGCAAUUUUGGUGGGAGAGCCCUGUUGAUGAGCUUGGCUUGCAUGAGUUGCUCCAAUUAAAGGGUUCUAUUGAGGAGCUGCAGAAGGAUAUGGGAAAACUUGCCAACAAGUUCAUGAUGGAGCAAUCCAUUAUAUCUUCAAGGGCUAAUGGACUUGGACAUUAUGAUGCAUUUGAGAACAAACCUGGUGUUGAGAUUAACUUUGCUUCCGCGCCUAAUGCUUACUAUCUCGGCUUUUGA